AUGAAUAGGUUCAAUCACUUUAAUCACCUCUAUUUUAGUAUAGGCGUACCGUUUCCUCCGGGCCGAAAGUUGACCACUGCCGAAAUAUGGGACUCGAGGACAAACAAACCUCGACCAGACAUAUUGAAACAGCAUUUCAUACUCGAGGGUCGGAUAGACGAAGCGGCCGCGUUGCGCAUCGUCAACGAAGGUGCAUCGCUACUCAGAUCCGAAAAAACCAUGAUAGACAUCGAAGCUCCUGUUACAGUUUGUGGCGAUAUUCACGGUCAGUUUUACGAUCUAAUGAAGUUAUUUGAAGUCGGUGGUCCUCCUGCGACAACAAAAUACCUAUUUCUGGGUGACUACGUGGACAGAGGGUAUUUCAGUAUAGAGUGUGUGCUUUACUUGUGGGCUUUGAAGUUGUGCCAUCCCACUACGUUAUUUCUAUUAAGAGGAAACCACGAAUGUAGACAUCUAACCGAAUACUUCACGUUUAAACAAGAAUGUAAAAUAAAAUAUUCUGAGCGAGUUUACGACGCCUGUAUGGAGGCAUUUGAUUGUCUACCGCUCGCUGCGCUCAUGAAUCAACAAUUCCUUUGUGUUCACGGUGGACUCUCGCCAGAAAUACAUAAUCUGGACGACAUCAGAAGGUUGGACCGAUUCAAAGAGCCUCCAGCUUUUGGUCCCAUGUGUGACCUUCUUUGGUCAGAUCCUCUAGAAGAUUUCGGCAGCGAAAAGAACGCUGAACAUUUCAGUCACAAUAGCGUUAGAGGCUGUUCAUAUUUUUACAGUUAUGCAGCAUGCUGUGAUUUUCUCCAGAGCAACAAUUUACUAUCCAUCAUAAGAGCACACGAAGCUCAAGACGCAGGAUACCGAAUGUAUAGAAAAAGUCAAACGACCGGUUUUCCAUCUUUAAUCACGAUAUUCUCCGCUCCCAACUACUUAGAUGUAUACAAUAACAAAGCUGCCGUUUUAAAAUAUGAAAAUAAUGUUAUGAACAUCAGACAAUUCAACUGUUCGCCACACCCUUACUGGUUGCCAAACUUCAUGGAUGUGUUUACUUGGUCUUUGCCGUUCGUCGGCGAAAAAGUUACCGAGAUGUUAGUGAAUCUGUUGAAUAUUUGUUCGGACGAUGAAUUAAUGACCGAAGGCGAAGAUACACUCGAAGACGUUAAUGCAGCUAAUUUGAGAAAAGAAGUCAUCAGAAAUAAAAUAAGAGCAAUUGGAAAAAUGGCAAGAGUCUUCUCGGUUUUGAGGGAAGAAAGUGAAAGUGUAUUGCAGUUGAAGGGUUUAACACCAACUGGUGCUCUCCCUCUUGGAGCAUUGUCUGGUGGCAAGACAUCAUUAAAAAAUGCACUGCAAGGUUUUUCGCCUAACCAUAAGAUUACUUCAUUUGCUGAAGCAAAAGGUCUUGAUGCAAUUAAUGAAAGAAUGCCUCCACGCAAAGACACACCACCAUCCAACCAGUGCUCGCCAUCUAACAUAGCUACGUCAUCAACUACACCUGCAGUGACACCUGUAACAGAAGAGAAAUCGCCAACCCCAUCAACUACUCAGAAACCAACAUCAUCGGAACAACCAUUACCAAAUACCACUCAUUCAUGA